AUGCUUGUGGAAUGCAGUGAUUUUCCAGAAAUUUCCGAGAAAAGCGCAAUAACUGAAUAUCAUAAAUUUUAUCCUAAUACCAAUCCAAAUGACAACGAUGGAAGACUAUUACAUUAUAUAUCUCUAUGUUUAUCUCAAGCUAGCCUAAUAGGAAGCCUUUUCGUGAUAUUCCAAACUCGUCGAAGAAUUAAGAAAAAUAACAAUCUAUCGAUGGGAAUUCGAUUGCCAAUGUACAUAGCGAUCAAUAAUUCAUUGUCAUGUCUGUCUUACCUUGCGAAUGUUGUCGGGGCUUUAAUUAUUGGUGUACCUUGGACUGGUCAAGCUUGUAUAAUCUAUGGUUUCUUUGAUGUAUUUAUGAUUUCGAUGAGUAUCACACUUGUAGCAUUGGUAACAAUUCGUACUUAUUUAAAAGUUAUAAAGAAUUUUUAUCUUGAUACUGGAAAAUAUGAUCAUAGACCUGAUGGAAAUGUUGGAAUUAAUGAUGUACAACAAAAAACUGCUACACGAAAAAUUUUGGCUUAUACUUUUAAUUACUUAAUUCAAUGGACGCCAACAUUACCGUUUAUUAUAGGAGUAGCCAGUGGAAAUGAUCCUUUAUGGGUUUAUUAUCUUUGUGUACUAUCGAUUAAUAUUGGCGGUAUAGGAAAUGCUUUUCAAUACAUUUGUUAUGAAGGAUUUUUAUCAAAUUCAAGGGCUUUGUCACACCAAAUUUCAAACUCGAUUUCCAAUUUAAAUACUUCGGAACAACUUUCGGAAACAAGUUAUAAUACAAAUAAUUCUGAAUUACCUAUUUUGAAAAAGGAAAAUAACUGUUGUACGAGUAUAACUUUUGAUAAUUUAUUGAAACAUGGAUCUAAAGCUGAAGAUAAGUGUAAUGAUAUAAAUGAAAUGAUUGAUAUUGAAUUUGGUGAAUUAAGAAAUUCUUCCGUAAAUAAUAUAUAA